UUUUAUUCACAUGCAGUGUAUGGUCUCUACAUUUUUUCCACGAAAUUUACCAACGACUCUAUCUCUAUCCAAUAAUUUAAAAACAUUUAUGUAUAUAUGUCCAAGUCUUUGAGCCCAUUUUCCAUGUUGAAUUAACAAUUUAUUUGGUCCUUGCUCUUCAGUUUUUUCUCUCUUUAUUUCAUUUUUAGCCUCUUAAGUCUUAACUAUACAUAUUCCUGUAUAGUUAAGUACCCUUUUUCUUCUUUUCUUCAUUGCAUUUCAGUGAUUAAGGUUUCUGAGAAUCUAUAUACGUACGUUAUAUAUAUUUAUAUAUAAAUAGAGAGAGAGAGAGAGCUAUGAAGCCAGUAUUGCUGCAUGGGAUUCUUCACGCGACAAUCUACGAGGUUGAUAAGCUUUCAGGUGGAUGUUGCUGCAUGUUUUUCUGCAAGCUGACGAGCAAAAUUGAACACAAAAUUGGGCUUAGCAAAGUAACUCCUAGACUGUAUGCAUCAAUCGAUUUAGGGAACACUAAUGUUGGCCGAACCAGACUGCUCGAAACCAGAGUCUCGAAUCCGCAAUGGGACGAGACGUUUCACAUUUGUUGUGCACAUACGACAUCUAAUGUUGUGUUCACCAUCAAACAAAAUCGUCUUGGUCCCGAUGACGAAAUUGGAAUAGCUUAUUUUCCAGCUGAGAAACUUCUCAGUGGGAAAGAAGUAGACCAAUGGUUUCCUCUCUUGGAUGAGAAGCAUCACAAGCCUCUCAGAGAUGGUUCCAAAAUCCAUGUCAAGUUGAAAUUUGAAGGGGUCUCUAAAUACAUUAACUGGUCACAAGGAAUAAAAGGUAGUCCUAAGUUUCAAGGUGUACCUUACACAUUCUUUCCUCAAAGGAGUGAUUGUAGAGUUACCCUUUAUCAAGAUGCUCAUAUCCCAGAUAAAUUUAUGCCCAAAGUCUCUCUUUCUGGGGGUAAUUAUUAUCACCCUAAUAGAUGUUGGGAGGAUAUUUUUGAUGCCAUAUAUAAUGCAAAGUACUUGAUUUACAUUGCUGGUUGGUCUGUGUGUACUAGAAUUACCUUGAUAAGGGACAGUAGGAGGCGAAAGGAAGGAGGCGAUUUGACCCUUGGUGAGUUACUUAAAAAGAAGGCUAAACAAGGAGUUAAAGUACUAAUGCUUGUUUGGGACGACAAAACUUCUGUGAAGUUGCUUAAUAACGAUGGAGUGAUGGCUACACAUGAUGAAAAUACCGGGAAAUACUUCGAAAACACCGGUGUCCACUGCGUUUUGUGCCCUCGAAAUCCAGACGAUGGACAAAGCAUUAUUCAAGAAUUGAAGGUUUCCACCAUAUUUACUCAUCACCAGAAGACUGUUGUUGUGGACUGUGAGAAUGUCUCAGGUGGGGGAGCAUCAGAGAAGAGGAGAAUUGUGAGCUUCCUUGGUGGUAUUGAUCUAUGUGAUGGGAGAUAUGACAAUCCUACUCAUUCAAUUUUCAGGACUUUGAAUACUACUCAUAGUGAUGAUUUUCAUCAGAAUAAUUUCCGUGGUGCCUCAAUUGAGAAAGGUGGACCAAGACAGCCUUGGCAUGACAUUCAUUGCAGGGUAGAAGGGACUAUUGCUUGGGAUGUUUUGUGCAACUUUGAGCAAAGAUGGAUGAAGCAAGGUCAUAACAAGGACUUGCUUAAUGAAUUGAGAAGGCUCCAAGAGACUUGUAUUAUAACUCCCUCUUCUGUUAUGUUGCCUGAAGACCGUGAGACUUGGAAUGUUCAAUUGUUCCGAUCAAUUGAUGGAGGAGCUGCUUUUGGUUUCCCUACCACUCCAGAAAAAGCUGCUGAAGCAGGCCUUGUAAGUGGUAAAGAUCAGAUAAUUGACAAAAGCAUUGAGUAUGCUUAUGUCAAUGCGAUUCGACGAGCUAAGAACUAUAUCUACAUUGAAAAUCAGUAUUUCAUUGGAAGCUCAUAUGGAUGGGACUCGAAAGAAUUUAAUGUUCAUGAGGUCGGUGCUGUACAUCCUAUUCCAAAGGAACUGUCUUUGAAGAUUGUUAGCAAAAUUGAAGCUGGGGAGAGAUUUAUGGUCUAUGUUGUCAUUCCUAUGUGGCCAGAGGGCAUUCCAGAGAGUGGUUCUGUUCAGGCAAUACUACAUUGGCAGAAAAUGACAAUGGAGAUGAUGUACAAAGACAUUGCUAAGGCUCUCAAAGCCAAAGGACUUGAUGCCAACCCCAAGGACUACUUGGCAUUCUUUUGUCUUGGAAAUCGUGAGACAAAGAAGCGCGGUGAAUAUGAACCCUCAGAAGAACCAGGAGAUGAUUCAGAUUAUAGCAGAGCUCAGCAAGCCAGAAGAUUCAUGAUCUAUGUUCAUGCCAAGAUGAUGAUAGUUGAUGAUGAAUACAUAAUCAUUGGCUCAGCCAACAUCAACCAGAGGUCUAUGGAUGGUGCUAGGGACACCGAAAUCGCCAUGGGAGCCUAUCAACCUCAUCAUCUUUCAACCCAGCAGCCAGCCAAGGGACAAGUUCAUGGCCAUAGAAUGGCAUUGUGGUAUGAACACUUGGGAAUGCUUCAUGACACAUUCCUUGAAGCAGAAAGCAUCGAGUGUGUCCGAAAGGUGAACGAGAUCUCUGAAAGUUACUGGGAACUCUACUGCAGAGAGAACUUAGAGCAUGAUUUGCCUGGCCACUUGCUCAGUUACCCUAUUAGAGUUACUCAAUAUGGAGAAUUGACUACUUUACCUGGAAUGGAAUGUUUCCCAGACACUAGGGCUGGAGUACUUGGGUCCAAAUCAGAUAUACUACCUUCAAUCAUUACUUCUUAAUUUCAUAUUUUAAUUAGCUAUGACUUGUGUGUAGUGCUCUUUUCAAUUUUUUUUUUUUGUGUAUUAUUUCGUGUCAACAGCUUGAGAUACCAAAGUGAGGUCAUUAUUUAUUGAUUUGUGAUGUAAAUUUGCAGCAUGUGCUUUUAAUGCCAAUUGCUCUUUUUGAUUUAA